AUGAUGUGUUCUUCAAUCUUCCCCUCCCGCUCCCUUGCUCUCUUCCUCUGCAUCAUCUUUCCCUUAUACCUCGCCCUCCGUGGGUCUGGCUCGUUGUCUGACGUUACACUUUUUCUCUCUAAGCUCUCCUUACGCGCCGAAGCCCUUCAUGUUGCGCUCAAUGCCCCCCUAGACAUUCCUCCCCCAUCCAUUUCCAAAGCACCCGUCGGAGCUUCCGCGAGGCCCGCCAAGUUGGCCUCUGAGAGCUUCCACCCUGCGUCAACAUCCCAACUUGACAUCAACUCCUUCGAGCAGUAUUCGUCUCUCGCUCAAGGGGUGUCACAGCGGAAAUAUGCGCGGUACAACUGGCAGACGCCCGCACAGAAGUUGAUGAGCAACAAGCUCGGCUAUCCUGAGCACUUUGAGAAAGCCACCGAAGGAAUCAAUGCCAACGCCCGUCUCUCGGAGCAGAUUGCACAAAUUUCGAGGAAGCACUAUCAAACCGGCCCAGGAGCACUGACGCACGAAGACGAUGCCGAUUUUGGUCUUGUGGACCUGACUUUUGGGCAUCUUUCGCGAGACUGGAGCUCACAUGAUGUCACGGAGAGGCUGGCUACUUUCCCACCCGUUCUAGCUGGGCUUGAGCAACACUUUGGCGAAAAUGGGAAGGGGAAGAAGGUUCUUGUCCCCGGAUGCGGUAUGGGCAGACUGGCGAGCGAUAUUGCUGAUGUCGCAUACUAUUCAUCCCUUUGUGACCAAAUGGACCCAUCAGUCCAACCCUCCUCGCGCUACACGGCCCUGACGGUGCCAGAUCACAUGCCAAACAAGGCUGUCAAAUUCGUCCAGGGCGACUUCUUGGAGAUGUUCCCCGAAGACGGUCAGUUCGACGCCGUUGUCACGUUAUUCUUCAUCGACAUUGGCAACAACAUAAUUGACUUCCUGAGCAACAUCCACCGGUUACUGAAGCCUGGUGGUACUUGGAUUAACCUUGGACCGCUUAAAUAUGGCACCCACACCGCUCUUCAACUCUCCGCCGAGGAAGUGCUUCAUCUAGCGGAUCUGAUUGGAUUCGACGUAGACCUUUCGUCGCGGAAGAGUAUUGACAGCCUUUACGCCCAACAACCAGAAUCGUUGCUCAAGUUUACGUAUGUCACGCAAUUCUGGACAGCGACGAAGAGAGUGUGAAAGGGGGUUUCUGUAUUGC